AUGCCUCCACGACGCUCGCACCAAAAGUCGCGCCGCGGCUGUCUGACCUGCAAAUACGGUCACAUUAAAUGCGAUGAGAGCGGGCCCCCGUGUGGCCGCUGCAAACUGAGAGCAACGACAUGCGAGUAUGCGAGCCCCGGGUUAGGCCUUCGGCAGCCGCAAGCUCUGCCUUUAAAUCACGAUGCUUCCUUACCCACUAAGCAAGAUCCCGACCAAGAGCAUCUGGAGGAGCCGCUGUUUCCAAAGGACCAUCGCUUGCUGGAGCUUCAACUCAUGCACCGGUGGUCGACGGUGACCUACAAGAGCUUGCGAAGCAAGGUUGCGGGAGAUGACUAUAUUUGGCAGAUUGCGGUGCCGCGGUGGUCGCUGCAGCACGACUUUCUGCGGACUGGUCUGUUCGCUCUCUCCGCCUUCGAGGUGGCCAGCCGCUCUACAGGAGCUGAUCGAGCGAAAUACCUCGAGGCAGCCGUGGAGUAUCAGACCCUUGCGCUGAGUGACUUCCGCCAUCAGCUUCAGCACCAAGGCAUUGAUCCCCAAAGUUGUGAAACCGUCCUGUGCUUUUCACUGAUGCUCAUGGUGCUCGCCUUGGCCUCGUCUCAGUUCAUAACGGACUUGGCAGGUGACCGCCAAGGCGACAGCAUGGUGCUCAACACGAUCACCCACUUCGAGCUGCUGCGCGGAUGCGGCACCGUUCUCGGCGAUAACGCAGAGCAAUUCCUGGCGCAGAAUUCCUACGCUCAGAAACUCACGCCUUUUGAAAAGUUAACACGGAUGCCGCUCGAUCCAGACACAGCGGUGGCAAUGUCGAAAUUGAAUUCGGUCAACGAGAGAAGGAUUCUAUCCACCGUGGGCGACUCCUACGAGCAUCGGGCCCAGCAUGUCGCACACUUUGAAGCGUGCAGGAAGGCAAUAACUCUGCUUGAAGAGUGCUUUGCCAAAUGCGUCGGCCACGACGACGACCAUCAGGGCUACAUCUUGGGAUGGCUGAAUAUGGCGGGCGAGGAGUAUAUUCACGCCAUCAAAGGCAAUGACCGCGUUGCACUGCUGGUGUUGAUGUAUUGGGGCUCGCUGGUCGAGAAACUUAGCCAUCAAGUUUGGUGGGCAAGGGAUUUCGGGAGGCUGUUGGUGGAGGAGAUAUCUGGGACAAUGUGUGGAGAAGCAGACGCAUUGACAACGGAUAUCGUCUCAUCGGCACAAAAGAUGAUUGUACGGCAAUCUGAUGACAAGGCUGACGCAGCAUAG